GAAGGGAGGCAGAUAUUAUGGUGCACCGGAGAGAGAGGGACUAACGGGGAGCUAUGCCAGGGAGGCUUUUAGGAUAAUAAAAAUAUAUUUUUUAAUGCUGUUCUUCUAAUUAAUUGGAUACCUGAAGGAGGUGGUGCAACAAGUGGAGUUUUUUUCUCUCCCAGCUAUGGAAGAAGAGCAGAAGGACUCCACCAACGAGGAGGAGAGCAUGAACCUCCCAUCUCCUCCUGUGAUUUUACCCCACCAAGCUUUACAGCAGCAGAACCACAGAACCACCAACUUCUUCAUAGACAACAUCCUGCGACCUGACUUCGGCUGCAGAAAGGAGAACCUGCUGGGUGCGCGUCUGCAAGCUGCGUGUCUGGACUCCAACUGCAGCAGCGACAGCACCUCUUCAUCACCUUCUUCGUCCUCCUCUUCUUCAUCUUCCUCCACGUCCUCCUCGCCGUCGAACAAGCAGAACUCGUCCAAACAGGCUGAACCGAGCUCGUCUAUUAGGGUUGUGAGUGGCAGGAAUGAUGGAGGAUCUCCUCCUCCCAGGACCAAGGAGAGCCAGCCCAUGUUGUGGCCAGCUUGGGUUUACUGUACCAGAUACUCGGACCGGCCCUCAUCUGUCUCCACGCCAGGCCCAAGGACACGCAAACUGAAAAAGAAGAAGAGCAGCACCAAGGAGGACAAGCGGCCGAGGACUGCCUUCACGGCCGAGCAGCUGCAGAGACUGAAAACCGAGUUCACGGCCAACCGGUACAUAACGGAGCAGCGGAGACAGAGUCUGGCUCAGGAACUGAACCUGAACGAGUCCCAGAUCAAAAUCUGGUUCCAGAACAAGAGGGCUAAGAUUAAAAAAGCCACCGGCUACAAGAACGGCCUGGCCCUGCAGCUCAUGGCGCAAGGACUGUACAACCACUCCACGACCACCGUGCAGGAGGACAAGGAGGACAGUGAAUAGGACAAGUCCCCAAUGCAUGGGGGACAAGGAGGACAGUGAAUAAGACAUGUCCCCAAUGCAUGGGGGACAAGGAGGACAGUAAAUAAGACAUGUCCCCAAUGCAUGGAGGACAAGGAGGACAGUGAAUGAGACAUGUCCCCAAUGCAUGGGGGACACAACUGGACUCUCUCUGGAGAUAAAAAAAUGAACACUAUUUAAAAAAAACACAGAUUUCUGUUUAUGGUGACAGUAUAUGGACAUAAUUAUAUAAAUGAACGGUCGUUAUUAAAGUUUAUAUAGCCAAACAG